AGGCAGCUUUCGGUGCUAGAAUUCUAGCUCUCACAACAUUGGGAGUGGAGAGCAGCAUGUCCUCGUCCACAUCCAACAACACGGAUGCCUAUGCAUUGGACAGCGUUUCUGUGGACCGGAUGCCUAUGUUCUAACUAACCUUGGAGGCACCACCAAUCUGCACUCACUUUGGCAUUUUGAUGUGUAUGUGUCACAGCUUCUUGCUAGACUAUCAAGCAGAUGGCCAGGCUGAACCUUGUACAAGAACUUUCCAUGGCGUCUCGAAGGUGAAAGCGACGCAGCUCAUCAGUCCUUUCUGUUUGGGGGGUGUCUUGCCUAGCUCUUGCUGGGGCGAUCCAGCGUUAUCACUGUGUGGCCCCAGUGUGUGAGGCCUGCAUCCUCCAGUCAUGGAAAGCAGCGGUGGCACUGGCAACGCACAGAAACUAACGCCUCUGGCUCGAGAACUGAAAAACACAUGCAGCAGUUACAACAAACAUGCUGGGCUGCUGAGAAAGAACUUGAAAGAGACGAACAUUUUCUUUCGGGAGAUACGACAGAACUAUAGCAAUGCCUGCGCAUCAGCUGCAAACCCGGGGGCCGCAGCAUUGGAAGCAGGCAUCCAGCUCAACUGCAUCUCUUUCCCCCGGCAAGAGGAAGAGCACUUGCACAGCAUCGUGGGCAGCACCCCCUACAUCCUGCUGCUGGGCCAGGACUGCACGGCCCGCUACCAGCUGCUCAACUGCCUGCUGGGGGAGCGCAUGCUGCCGCUGGGAGCCGAGGCAGGGUCCCCCUGCGGCCCCCAGGGCCUCUCCUGCAAGCGGCGGAAGCUGUGCUUCUCGCACGGGCGGCAGACGCGGCUCAGCCUGGCGCUGCCCGGCCAGUACGAGCUGGUGCACCAGCUGGCGGCCCACUGCGGGCGCUGGGACACGGUGCCGCGCCAGGACCUGGAGAUCCAGGAGGAGUGUGAGGACCCCGCGCACCGGCUCGCCGAGCUGGAGAUCACGCUGCACCACUCCCUGCUGCAGGAGGCCAAGAUCAUGGUGGCGCCGUGCCCCGGCGUGCAGCCCAUCCAGGAGGCGCUGGAGGACCUGACGCGCAACGUCAUCCCCAUCAUCCUCUACGCGCUCAGCCAGGACGCGCUGAGCGCCGAGCAGACGUCCGAGCUGCGCAAGGUGCGCGAGGUGCUGCCCCGCUUCCCCGUCUGCUUCAUCCGCAUGCCCUCCUCCUCCUCCUCAUCGUCCUCGUCCCCGUGCCUCACGCCCGACGCCUCCCCAGAGUCCAGGCGGACGGGGGACCACGAGCGGAACUGCCCCCAGCGCAGCGCUCUCCACAACCAGCUGACGGCGCUAGGCUUCCUGCACACGCCCAGCAGCCCCCCCACGGAGAACAGUUCCUCUGUUGUUGGGGUGGGAGGCGGCCCCACCAUGCUGGGCUCCACCCCCGUGCCCCAAAGCAUGCUGGGAGAGUCGUUUGAGCGGCUGCACCGGGUGAUGGGGCCCUUCGCCAAACUGGUGCUGCAGAGCCAGCAGGUAGAGGCAGCCAACCUGCUCAACGCCGUGCACUGCCGCUGCCUGGACCUCUUCAUCAACCAGGCGUUUGACAUGCAGAGGGACCUGCAGAUCACGCCGCGGCGGUUGGAGUACACGCGGGAGAAGGAGGGCGAGCUGUACCACUCUCUCAUGUGCAUCGCCAACCGCAAACAGGAGGAGAUGAAGGAGAUGAUCGUGGAGACGCUCAGCAGCAUGAAGGAACAGCUGCUGGAGGACGCCGCGAAUCUGGAGUUCACAGAUGUGAUCGUGACGCCCAACGGAGAGCCCAUCGCCACCAAGGACAUCAAGGCGUGCAUCCAACAGAUCCAGGAGCUCAUCGUGGUCCGUCUCAACCAGGCGGUGGCCAACAAGCUGAUCAGCUCUGUCAACUACCUGCGGGAGAGCUUCGUCGGCACGCUGGAGAGGUGCCUCAACAGCCUGGAGAAGUCCACCAUAGACGCCUCCGUACACAACGUCACCUCCAACCACCUCAAGCAGAUCCUGAAUGCUGCCUAUCAUGUAGAGGUGACGUUUCAGGCCGGCUCAUCUGUGACGCGGCUAGUCUGGGAGCAGAUCAAGCAGAUAAUCCAGAGGAUAACACUGGUGAAUCCGCCUGCCAUCACGGCUGAGUGGAAGCGUAAGGUGGCCCAGGACGCCAUCGAGAGCCUGAGUGCUGCCAAGCUGGCCAAGAGCAUCUGCUCGCAGUUCCGCACGCGCCUCAACAGCUCCCACGAGGCCUUCGCCGCCUCACUCAGACAGUUGGAGGAGGGCCACACGGGGCGUCUGGAGCGGACGGAAGACCUGUGGCUGCGGGUGCGAAAAGACCACGCCCCCCGGCUGGCACGCCUCUCGCUGGAGAGCCGCUCGCUUCGAGACGUCCUCCUACAUGGUAAGCCCAAGCUGGGUAAAGAGUUGGGUCGAGGCCAGUAUGGAGUGGUCUACUACUGCGACAGCUGGGGGGGCAAGUACCCCUGUGCCCUCAAGUCGGUGGUUCCCCCCGAUGACAAGCACUGGAACGACCUGGCCCUGGAGUUUCACUACACUAGAUCUCUGCCGCGCCAUGACAGGCUGGUGGAUCUGCACGGCUCUGUGAUUGACCACACGUACAGCGGCGGCUCCAGCAUAGCAGUGCUGCUCAUCAUGGAGAGGCUGCACAAGGACCUGUACACGGGCCUCAAGGCUGGCCUGUCCCUGAAGGAACGUCUGCAGAUCGCUCUGGAUGUGGUGGAGGGCAUUCGCUUCCUGCAUGGCCAGGGGCUGGUACACAGAGACAUCAAGCUCAAGAACGUCCUGCUGGACAAACAGAACCGGGCUAAAAUAACAGACUUGGGCUUCUGCAAGCCAGAGGCCAUGAUGUCCGGCAGUAUUGUAGGAACGCCCAUCCACAUGGCCCCCGAGCUCUUCACAGGAAAGUAUGAUAACUCGGUGGACGUGUAUGCCUUCGGGAUCCUGUUCUGGUACCUGUGUUCUGGCUCGGUGAAGCUGCCUGAGGCCUUUGAGAAGUGCUCCAGUAAGGACCAGCUCUGGAACAACGUCAAGAGAGGCUCUCGUCCGGAGCGGCUGGCCAUCUUUGAUGAGGAGUGCUGGCAGCUGAUGGAGGCGUGCUGGAACGGCGAUGCGUUGCAGCGCCCCCUGCUGGGCAUAGUGCAGCCGGGCCUGUACAGGAUCAUGGUGCGCAUGUGCAACCUCAGCCCCGAGCGCACCAGCAGCAGCCUGGACGACUCCAACUGACAACACUCAAGCUGGCACCUCACCUGCAUGGCACCCGUGGCACGGGCACUGCACCCUCACCCGCACAACACUCCGCAGAAGAGAGGAGAGACAGUGAGAGAGAGAAGAUGGAGACGAGAGAUGUAUAGGAUGGGCAAUGACGGCCUACACGUUUACACACAGAAACGCACUCAAGCACAACACACACACACACACACACACACACACACACACACACACACACACACGUACACGUACACACAGUCCAAUUGAACAAACAAGAAAAAAAGACUGUUUGGAUCUGUGCCAAAUGGAGGAUAGACUGGAGUGACCAAGGAAACCAGAAAUAUGUGUCCUGUUUAACCCCCUAGGUGUUCUCUUCCCCCUUCCCUUCCCUUGACAAGGGUCUAAUGUACACUAUUUAUGAUGACCUUAUUGAGAACAACGUACAUGUAAACUGUACACAGAUGUUUGUCUUGUUGAUCUUGUGUUUGUGGCGUUUGAGUAUUUAUAUAUGUUCUAGCACACACUAUGCUUAUUUCUUAGCAAGCAUGCUAAUUGCUGCUUUGUCAUAGGAUUGCUACUAGACAUGAAAAACAUUUUAAAGGUAGUCCAUCCAGUAUUAUGCUUUAAAAAAAAAGGUGAUUUUAGUCUGUAUUUAAGCUGGUUAUCUGAAUAUUAUUGCUAUCCAGAGAUGACAACCAUUUUUUAAUAAAAAAUGAUUCCCUUAAACCUAUUAA